UAUUAUUUAAGGCACGAGAUAACAUUAUUGAUCCCACCAGGGGAAAACUAAGUAAGCCCCCUAAUAGGGGGAAACAGCACAUACCGGUAACAAAAAACCUUGGACCAAGGUGCUGCACAAUAAAAUUGAACAGAAACAUAAAAACAGAGACAAACAAGGAGUAAAUGUGUGGAAAAAGCUAUAGCCUAGCCAAUUAGCAUAAACAAAACUUUAAAAAAAAGGUACAUACCAAAAAUAUAACAUUAUAUAGAAAUGCAUUUAUUUUCUUGCCCAAAAAUAUUCAUACCCUUUAGCUUUAGAUGUAAAGUUAUUUUCAUUAAACCAAUUAGUUUGUUUCUGACAGACAAAGCCAUCUCUCAAAAGUCAAGUUUAUUUAUACAGCGCUUUUCAGUAACAAGGCACUCAAAGCGCAAAAGAUAAUAAAGCAAUAUUUGGUAAAAUAAUUCAAAAUAAUGAGUUGUUUAUAUUAUAUUAUUACAUUUUAUGGCAUGUAAAUUAUUUAUACUGUUCUCAGUAAUCUCAAUAUACUUAUUACAGCGAUUAAAGCCUUCUUAGUUCGGCAGAUUUUCAUUGUUUGCAUUUUCUCUCUGAUGAUGCGCUACAAGUCUUUGAGGUUGGAAGAGGUCUUUACCAGAACCCUAAUCUUAAACUCCCUCUACAAAAUAUCUAUGUGGUAAAAAAUACAAAGUACAAAGAACAGGUUUUUCUUCAUUAUUAUUCCUUUUAUGCUUUUGGAAGGGGUCGCAUAGAGAAAUAUUUUUUCUCGAAAGUGCGAAGAGAGAAAUAAGCCCCGCCCCCUUCCUCUGGACCGACCCUGCCGCUUUUCCUCCAGAUUCUUCUAUUUUUAAACUUUUAUCAUGGAACUGACUGAAGACCAGCUGAAAGUUGCAGAAAUCGAACUUCAACGUUAUCUCCCUCAAUCGCUAAAGAUUUAUGGUUUCUUGGUGCUCAGAAACAGAGUGAAAUCAGACCCAUACAUUGUUUUAGUGGACAGAUGGCCAAAAUUCAGUGUAAUUAUCUGCAAACCCCAGUAUGAACAGAAAACUGAUCUGUUCAAAGACACAAUGGUUUUUGCAAAUGAUGAAGCUAUUCUCAUGGAGACAAUAAGGAAAGCUUCUGUAAUUGACUGGAGCAGGUACCUUUGUCUUGGGAUCAGUCUUCCCCACAUGGAGAUAGUCAAAGCAGGUGCAUCAGAAAGGAAUGUCCCCAGCGACAAACUGGCAGUUUGUCACAUGAUGACACUGGAUGAUGCAUCCAAGCUUCCCCCUGUAGACUGGUCGGGGAUCUGCCUCAACUCCCUGGACGAAUCCCACCUUGACUUGGUUAAUCAGACAUGGACGUUUGGAAAGAACCAAGGGGCUGCUGGGAUGAUCCGCAACAUGGUUUUAAACUUCCCGUCCUGCUGUGUGCUGGAUGCAGAUGGAAGGCCCGUCUCCUGGAUUUUGACCUAUGUGUCCUGCGCCCUAGGAAUGUUGUAUACUUUGCCAGAGCACAGAGGAAAAGGCUACGCUAAAGUCCUGAUUAGCAGCAUGGCUAAGAGACUCAGUGGUCAGGGCUACCCUGUAUUCUGUUUCAUAGAGGAGGAGAACAUAGCCUCCUACCAGCUCUUUAAAAGCAUGGGCUUCUCUGAGGAUCCAUCAUACAGAGAAGCAUGGUAUGGAUUCAAUGAUUUUUAAAUGCUUCAAUGACAAAAAUUAAGAUUAUAUAUAUAUAUUAAAAAUAAAAGACGUUUCCUAAACUUGCAA